AAUGUCAAACGGUCACCAACAGCAAAUAAUAACCGAAAAUAAUAAUCCAAAUAUUCGUCGAUAUAUUUCUCAACUUUAUGUUAUUCCCGCAGUUGAUGCCUCCGAAGCUGGAAAAGGACAAUUAGAAAUUUCUGUUAAUCAAGGACAAGUUCCAAAUAAUGUUCAAAUGCAAGACGCGGGUCGUUGUCUUGUAACAUUUAUUCCUCAACAUGCCGGAACUUAUGUUAUUGAUGUUACUUUUAAUGGACUUCAAGUACAUGGAUGUCCAAUAAAAGUGGAUGUACGGGAGAGACAAGUUGGAAAGCCUGUUAGUGCACCUGUAUAUGCACGGCCAACUACUUCGACUUCUUCCCCUCCUCCAACACGUGGUCCUUCAUCUUCUGCCUAUUUCUCUUCAGCAUCCCCUCAAGCAGCACCUUCACCUUCUUAUACUGCAGCAGCACCUUCUCCAUCAUCUACUCCACAACUUCCCCGUUCUCCCCCACUUGUUGCUGGAGUGGAAGCAGCAUUGUUAGGAGGUUACACUGUAGCUCAAUAUGGAAAUGGAGGUGGUGGAGGAAUACCUUCUACUACAAAACUUAAGCCAUCCCCAUUAUCUACACCGCCCUCUACACGUCCAAAACCAAAAUUAUUUGAAGAAAAAGAAAUACCAAUAUCUAGACCAUCAAUGCCAGAAUCUGCUCAACUUGAAAUGACCCGUUCGGCUGAAAUGACUCUUUUUAGAGAUAUUCCAAAAACACCGGUUACUACACCUGUUGAGGCUGGAAGGGAAAUACCUAUUCAACAUUCCUUUGAACGAAUUCCCGAGCAACAACAUUACCAACCAAAAGAAAAUCCAAUAAAAAUAACACAAAAAUUCAAUGAUUUACCUUAUGCCCCAUUAGAUCAAAAUAUUAAAAAAACAUUAGAAUUAUUAAAUCAACAACAACAACAAGGAAUUAUUAGGGAAAGGGAAAUUAUUGCCCCUCCAAUUUCAUCUUCUGCUAUUUCUCCGAUAUCUACAGAAAGUGGAGCACCUCAAAUACAAACCCACAUUGUUGAUCCAUACAGUUCAGAUAUAGAGGCAAUGACUCCAGGCACUCGGAGAAGAUUAUUAGAACAUUCUGUUUAUAAAGCAACUGAAUUAAAAGAAACCCCAACAGACCACGAAGAAUCAGAAACUGCUUUAAGUUCAAAACAAUCCUCUAAAGCAACAACACCAAAAUUAAGUUUAAAAUUUCGUGGAAGUAAAGACAAAGUUGGGUCUAUAACACCCCCAACAAUGACUACAGCAACUAUUUCUGCUGCUACAGCAAGUGAUGCUUUUGACUGGGGAAAGUCUAAAAUUGCCAGUAAACAUGAGGUUGUUCGUCGAGGUAAAGAAGUGGAUGUCCGAAUAGAUUCACUCAAACUUGGAAAGGAAGACCAACUUUACGUAAUUGUUUUACCGCCAGGAAUUAUUCCCCGUCAAAAUAUGCCUAAUGAAUUACCAACAUCAGAACAAGCAUUGCCUCAUAAAUUGAAAAAAUCUGGGACUAAAUCUUGGGAAAUUAGUUUUCGUCCUUCUGUUGUUGGGACACACAAAGUCCAUUUAUUUGUAAACACAAUUCCACACCCUCAAUCACCAUUUCCUAUUCGUGUUUAUGACGCCUCACAAAUUGUGGUUGGAGAUAUUGUCCGUCAAAGUGUUCUAAACGACACGGUGGAAUUUACUGUGGAUGCUGGACGUGCCGGUUUUGGAAAUUUGGAAAUGGCAAUUAAAGAUAAUGAAGGGAUAAUAAUACCUUCACAUGUUAGCCAAUUAGAAGCUGGGGCAGCUAAAUUUCUCGUUACUUUUACUCCUAAUUUACCAGGAACUCAUACAGUGCAUAUUACAUUUAAUAAAGAAGUUGUGACUGGAAGUCCUUUUGAAGUACAUAUUGUGGAACCACAAAUACUUGGACAAGAAUCUCAAAUUUCGAAAAAAAGUAAAAAGAAGGACAAAAAAAGUAAAGAAAAACAUUCUUUAAAUGGAACACAAAGAGGGGAACCAUCAACAGCGGCAAUGUCCCCAACAGCUAGUGGUAGACCGAUGGUUAGCAAAUUGCCAUCUUUAAGCCGUGUUGGACAACCAGUUGAUUUAUUGGUUACGUUAUCGAGACCUGAUGAUUUGGUACAGGCACAAGUUUUUGAUUUGGACAGAGAACCAUUAAAUAUAGAAACAUUCCCCGAUUAUUCUAACAAUACUUGCAAAUUACAAUUUAUUCCAAAACGUGUUGGAGAUCAUGAAGUAGAAAUUCGGGUUGCUGGAACCGAAAUUGAUGGUUCUCCUUUUACUUGCCGUGUAUAUGAUCCAACAAAAAUUUUGGUUGGAAAUAUACCUGAUGGUGCUGUUGAUAAACCUGUUAGUUUUGUUGUUGAUGCAAGUCAAGCAGGUGUUGGGAAUUUAGAAGUGGCUGUAAAUGAAGGGAAAAUUCCCUCAAUGGCUUAUGCUCUAGGACAACAUAAAUACGAAAUUACAUUUAUACCUAAAGAUCCAAUAGAUCAUCGAGUAUCUGUUCGAUUUAAUAAUGAAUAUGUCCCCGGUUCUCCAUUUCUUUGUCGUUUAAUUAAUACUUCCUCCUCCACCUCCUCUUCUCCCCAACAACAACAAUUACCACAAAAACAACUUUCAUCCCCAAAAUCAUCACCACCUCGCCAAAUAGGUGCAUCUGGUGCAGGUUUAGAACGUAUUCCUGUUGGACAACCAACAGAAUUUUUUGUUGAUGGGCAGUCUUUAAUUGAAGGAAUACAAACAACAACAACUGAUUUAUUGCCUAAAGUUCAAAUAAUUGACCCAAGAGGUGAACUUUUACCUGUAGAUAUAGCUGCUUAUGAAGAAGAACCUAGUCGUUCUAUUAUUCGUUACACACCAAAAAGUGUUGGAAAUCAUCAAAUUUUUGUUAAAUUAAAUAAUCAACCAAUUCCUGGUUCUCCUUUCAUAGCAAAAGCUUUCGAUGCAAGUUGUGUUAAAUUAGCUUUGGAAAGUGAAGGAGGACAGGUUGGGCGUUCUUGUGCUUUUACAAUAGAUGCAGCUAAGGCUGGGGCUGGUAAUAUGGAAAUUAUUGUGAGUGUGGAAAAGAGGAAUGUUCCAAAUUAUGUACAACCAGAAGGGCAAGCUAAAUUUAGAGUUACUUUUACUCCUCAAGAAGCUCUUGAACAUUUAAUUAGUGUGAAGUUUAAUGGAAUUUCUGUUCCUGGUAAUUACUUAAAUUUAAUUUUAAAUUUAGAUUCUUUAGGAAGCCCUCUUUCUUGUCCAAUCCAACCAUCUUCUGUCCAACGUUCUCCUCGACCUGUUAGAGCAGGUUCUGAAUUACCUAUUCAACAACAAUUAGAGGAACAACAACAAUUACUUGUUGUUCCACAACAGCCAACAUCUGUUGAGACAAGGGGUGAGGAGGAAGAAGAAGAAAAAGAAAUUAAACUUGUUGGAGAUUUGGCUAGUGCAAUUGUUGAUGAACCUAAACGAUUUAGUAUUGAUGCCCCGCCAGGAAUUGGUAGAAAAGUGGAAUGUAAUGUUAUUGUUGUUGGACCGCACAAACGACGUAUUCCGGUGGAUAAACAACGUGUAGAUGGUGGAAGUUUUGAUAUUACUUUUACGCCGACCCAAAUUGGAAAUUAUCACAUCGAUAUCCAAAUUAACGGCAAAUCCUUAGCUAUAUGUCCAAUUCUUUGUAAAUGUCUUGAUUCAAGAAAAAUGCCAAAAAUAACUAAUGGAGAAGGGGAACCUUUGCAGAAAGGAAAUAAAUGGAAUGGACCUUUUUGUGGAAAAGAUUUUAUGUUUGAAGUUAAAUUGCCAAAAAGAACAAAAAAAGACCAGCUUAUAACAGAAAUGUUCGCCUUCCCUUUAAUUCAACAACAACACAAACAACAACAAAAAAUAAAUAUUCCAGUUAAUUUAGAUAUGCAUCCAAAUGGGGAAAGUGCUCUAUGUUCGUUUAGAGCAUUGCCUAAGCCACACAAUUAUUUGUUUACACUUUACCGAGAUGCCUGUAUACUAGACGAACGUUCAUUUGACGCUAUUCCAGAAUCUACUAAUGACGAACCAAUUAAACUUGUUGAAUUUAUCCAGCCUGUUUUGGUUGAACAUUCUGCACGUUUUUUGUUAGCCAAAACUGGGAAGAAUAUUAAAUUAUUGGAUGAGGAGGGAUUGCCUGAAUUACAAAUUUUUGAUAUUCUUGGCAAUGAAUUACCAGUACAUAUUAGAAUAAUUGAUGGAAAUACAGUCCGGGCAGAUUGGCAGCCACAAACAGAAGGAAAACACCAAUUAUUUAUUCGAGAUCGUUUUGGGAAUAAUUUAUGUGGAUCCCCUCUAAUUAUUAAUGUACUUGACCUUUCUGCUGUCAGAGUUAUUGGAUUGAGAAAUGGGGAUGUUGUUGGGGUUGAACAGAAAUUUACUCUUGAUUGGUCUAAUUCGGGUGGACAAAGUGCUUCUGUCUCUAUUUGUCAUGUAUCUGAUAAUGAACCGGUUAAAAGUCUAAUGAUGAAGAGAGUUAAGAAAGGUAUUCAUUCAAUUGCUUUCACACCUCGAUUACCCGGAUUACAUUUAAUUACAGCAAAAAUUGAUGGUGUUGAAUUACCUGAAUGUCCAUAUGAAUGUAUAAUUAGUGAUCGAGGUUCUCCACGUGCUCGGGGUGAUGCACUUAACAGAGCCCAAAGAGGGAAGACUGCUCGUUUUGAAGUUAGUCCUGGCACAAGUGGAAGUGGAGCAACAGAAUUGGAUGUUAUAGUAACUAAUCCCCAAGGCAGUCCACUACCUGUUCGUUGUUAUAAACAACAAGAUGAUAGUUAUUGGGUUGAAUUUACUCCAGAAAUUUGUGGUCCACAUCGUAUUGAAGUUACCUUUGGUGAUGAACCUCUUAUUGGUUCACCUUUCCUCUGUGAAGUAAUAGACCCAAAACGGGUUUAUGUACGUGGUAUAGACCGUCCAUUUUCUUUAAGGACAUUAUCUAAUUUUAUUGUUUCUCGAAAAGCAGCAGGAGAUGGGGCUUUAAAUGUUGAAUUAGUUGAUUCACAAAAUGAGACAUUAAAAUUAGAUAGGACUAAAAAUUCUGUCGGUGAAGAUUCCUUUACUUUCCUCCCAACACGCCUCGGUGUUCAUCGUUUAUCUGUCCGUUUAGCUGGUUUUGCCAUUCCCUCCUCUCCAUUCCAAAUUGUUGUGGAAGAACAAAAAACUUCCCCUACCGUUUAUGGUGCUGCUUUAGAUUAUUCAAUUGAAAGGGCACAGCAAGCUUCAAUGAUUUUUGAUGCAAAUAAACAGCCUGGGGGGUUAAAGGUUGAAGUAAAAAGUCCUAGUGGUGAGAAAGUUCGUUAUACAACAAAUAGAAGACCCGAUGAAACAACAGAAAUUGCUUUUAGACCACAAGAAAUUGGAAUAUAUGAAGUUAAUAUUGAAUUUAAUAAUCGUUUAGUUAAUGGGAGUCCAUUUCCAGUAACGGUUGUUGACCCAACAAAAGUUUUAAUUAUUUCUGAUGAUAGAAAACAAAUUAUUAGGCCAGAUGGAAUGUUACAAUUAUUUGUUGGUCAAAGAAAUGUUAUUAAUUUGGAUUGUAGUGAGGCUGGACCUGCAAAAAUCAGAGCUGAAGUUAGGGAUGCCGAUGGGGAAUUAUUACCUUUAGAACAACAAACACAAGUACAUCCUUUGGAUAAUGGAAAAUUCCAAUUAUUAUUUACUCCUCGCAAAUCUGGAAAAUAUAAAAUUUAUUUAUAUUGUUCUGAAUUGGUUGUUCCAAAUGCUUACCCAAUACUUGCAAUUGCUGAACAAUCUAAUAAAAUGCCAACACACGUAUCAGAAAUGAAUGGAGAACGGCAAAGAAGACAUAAGGAAGUUGUUGAAGAAGCAGCAGAAAGUGAAAUAAUUGAAAGAAAAGAAUUAAUUUUGGGAAAUGUAAAAGAAUAUUUAAAAUUAAAUAAAAAAUUUUUUAAGGUAAAAUUAAGAGGUUCUGGUUUAACAACAGCACGUAUUAAAGAACCAGCAGAAUUUAUAUUAGAUGCUAGCAAUUUAAGAAAGGAUGCUAUGGGUAAAUGUACAGCAACAUUACUUGGAGAUAGGGCUGAUAUUCCUGUUAAAUUGAGUGCUUUGGGAAAUCAAGUUUAUAAGGGUGUUUAUACUCCAUUGGUUGAUGGUAAAUAUCAACUUUCUGUUAAAAUUGAUGGAACUCAUGUUCCUGGAUCUCCAAGCAUUGUUAAUGUAAAAGCCCCUGAAAUAUCUCCAGCUCAAUUAAUUGAAGUAGAUGGACGUCCUUUAAAAAUGGGAAUUUUAGGGGAAGAUAUGCAAACAUUAAUAGAUGCUAGGAGAGCUGGACCAGGUCAAAUAUCUGCACAGUGUUCGGGUACAAGUCAAUUAGAAUAUUGUGAACUUUUGGAUAAUGGAGAUGGAACUUAUAUGUUGCGUAUACAACCAAAAGAAUUAGGCAAACAUACACUUUCUGUUAAAUAUGAAAAUGAGCAUGUGCGAGAUAUUAAAGUUUACGGCCCGGGUAUUGAACAUGGAAUCCUCCACAGUUUCAAAUCUAAUUUUGUUGUUGAAACGAAAGGAGCCGGUGCCGGCCAAUUAACUGUUAGAGUUCGUGGCCCUAAAGGGGCAUUUAAUGUAGAAAUGCAAAGGGAUAGAGAACAGGAAAGAACAAUUCAUUGCAAAUAUGAACCUCGAGAGCCAGGUGAUUACCAAGUUGAGGUUAAAUGGCAUGGACAGCAUGUUCCUGGUUCUCCAUUUUUUGUAUUAAUUGUUGAUACAGAACAAGAAUUACAUCGUUUUCUGGCGGGAGGAAUUCCAUCUCCAACACCAACUUCUCCAUUUGUUCCGCCUGGUUGGCUUCCUCCUGGACCUCCAGGUUUAAUGCCAGGUCCACAUCCUGGAGCACCUCCAUUGCCUAUUAUGCCAUCUCCUAUUCCACCUCCUCACUUCAUGAAAGGCAGUAGAUUAUCACCAGGCGGGCCAAUGCCACCGCCCCCACCACCUCAUGCUAUUUUCCAACAACAUCCUGCUGCUAGAGGUUUUGGCGGCCCUCCACCACCACAACAUCCCCAUCAGCCAAUUUAUGGAAAACCACAUUUUUAAAAAUAAAAAAAGUGUUGAUUUGAAAAGGAGAAUUAAAUAUACUAAUUAAAAAAUGUAGAAGAUUUUCUGAAAUUUCUUUUAAAUCAACACUUUUUUCUUGUUAUUUGUUUUUUUACCUGCCCUUUUUGUCUUUUUCUUUUUUCCUUUAUUUGUCAAUU